AUGUCGACCGUUCAGCAGCGCAAGAAUGAGAUUCUGGCCAAGCGGGCCAAGCUUGCGGAGCUGAAGAAGCAGCGUGAAUUGCGUCAAAAAGAGUUCACCAGCAACCGGAAUAGUGUCGGCGAUGCUUCAGAGCUUGCCUCUCCAGUUCACACCACCCGCUCUGGUGACAGCAGAGCCGAGCUCGAUGAUUUGAUUUCUCGUUUGGUAGACCGCCCCGGGUCGGCAUCUCAGAGCUACGGCGUGGAGGGUCAGUCGCGGAGAGGAAGUCGCCCAAAUUCAGUCCUUAGUGCUAGUCAGCUGAGUGGAGAAAACGCCGAACCCUACGCACCAUCAUCAAGACCGCAAUUAACAUCAAUUGCUUUGGGGAGGAGCCAUAUACCUCUUCCGCACCCGAAAUUCAAGCCCCGCCUGCCCCCUGAACUCAAAACCGAAGUUGUCACAUACAGCAAGGCCGUGCAAACAGACGGCCUGGAUCAGCCGGAAGACUCUGUGGAUGGAUCUGUUGCUUCAGAUGGUGAGGAGGCAGCUGGAACCACACGGGCGAGCAAGCGUCUCAGCCGACGGGAUCGUGAGCGGGAUGAGGAGAUUCGAGAGAAAAUUCGCAAGGAAAUUGAGGAGGAAUUGCAGGCAACCAACCAUGAGGGACUCAAUGCGCAACCUGCCGCAUCUACACAAUUACGAUACCCUUUGCGCACAUUAGACGAUGACGAGCUCAAGGCCGUGACAUCGUCCCACGAUUUCUUGGACUUCGUCGAACGGUCAUCAAAGGUUAUUGAGCGGGCUCUGGACGAGGAUUAUGACGUUCUUGCAGACUAUGAACUCGGUGGUGUUGCUGGCGACUUGGAGGAGGAUGAAGAGACUGGCAAGAAGAGAAGAGGUAUUCGCGAGGUCUGCCAGUUCUAUGACGAACGAUGGAGCAAGAAGCGUAUGGUUAGCGACAUCAGCUUCUCGCCCAAGUUCCCUGAGCUGGUCCUGGCAGCAUACACCAAGAACCCCUCUGCGCCUCAUGAACCAGACGGUCUUAUUCAAGUCUGGAAUCAACAUCUACUGUCUCGUCCAGAAUACGUGUUCCACUCUACAUCCGACAUUCUCACAGCCAAGUUCUCUCCUUUCCACCCCAAUCUCAUUGUGGGAGGUUCGUAUUCAGGACAAGUUCUUCUCUGGGACACACGUUCCUCGCGUGCUGGCGGCGGUGCACCCGUGCAAAAGACACCUCUGACCGGAUCCGGUCAUACUCACCCAGUUUACAACAUCUCUAUUAUUGGGACUCAGAAUGCGCACAACAUUCUCACUGCCUCCACCGACGGAGUCGUCUGCGGUUGGUCGGUGGAUAUGCUCUCUCAGCCGCAGGAGUAUCUCGAGCUGACGACUCCUCCACCCUCUAAGACAGAGGACCUCGCCCCAACCACCAUGUCAUUCCCUCAAUCGGAUCCGACAUUCUUCAUCGUCGGUACCGAGGAGGGAGGCAUCUAUCCUUGCCACAGGUACGACCGAGCGGGAGCCAAGGCUGGUAUCGAUUACCGCCUCACAUAUCGCGGCCACGCUGGACCUAUCAUGUCCACAGCAUUUCAUCCCGCCCGCGGACCUUCUGACUGGAGCGUUAAACUCUGGCGCGUGCGCCCCCCGGCCACGACCGCCUCUAUCACAUCCGGCACCGCUUCGGCGCAAGCUAUCUCCCCAAUCCUGGAUAUCCCACGCGAAGACGUGGUGUAUGACGCACGCUGGUCCCCGCACCGACCUGGCGUGUUCUCUCUUGUGGACGGGGCAGGCAACGUCGAAGUGUGGGACCUACACAUGGACACGGAGGUUCCCGUGGUCAAGACUAGUCCUUCGCGCGGACUUAGCGGAAAUCCGUCCCGCAGCUUGAACAAGGUUGCGUGGGAAGAGCGGGAAGGACGACGAUUGGCGACCGGUGGACUCAACGGCGUGGUCACUAUUUUCGAGGUUGGAAAGGGUCUCGGAGGGCCCCCGGAAGAAGUAUCCGCUGACGAAUGGACGGGCAUGAAGAAACUGGUGGGGAAAUUGGAACAGAAGGAUCGCGUGGCGUGA